UUAAAUACUUUUGCUGUGAUCUUGUUGGGUGUCGUAGCUGUUAGUUUUGCAGCUCCAGGCUACGAUCAUCACAAGCAUGUAGUGAUCCAUGUGCCCUACAAAGUACACACAGUCCAUCACCAUCACGUGAAAAAGGUCCCUUACCCAGUGCACCACGUAGAAAAGGUCCACGUCCCAGUUCACCAUGUUGAAAAAGUACAUGUUCCAGUACCCUACCCAGUGGUGAAGAAAGAGUACGUGCCAGUCAUCGAGAAGGUUCACGUUCCUGUCCACAUCCCAGAGCACCAUGAGCAUCAUGAGCAUCAUGAGCACCACAUUCCCGAGCACCACGAAGAAUCUAAAUGGUCCUUCGACGACGAUAAGAAAGGAUGGUGGGAUUAA